AUGUCUGUGCUACUAGAUGUCAAUGAGAUUAAAAGUGCCCCAACCUUUCCCAAAAUUCCUUCACCAAAAUCAAACCGUCUUCCCUCAAACAUUCCUCUGAGGACUUUAACUAAUCUAUCCGACCACGGCGCCCAAUCGACGUCAUUACUGGCCGCCCACCGAGAUCAGCACUCUCACGAGAGACGUUCCUCCGACUCUGUCGACUUUGACUCUUGGACUGAUACCGGUGAUAUCGCAGAGCAGUUGGCAGAUGAGGAGGAUCCCUUGCGGAAGACCCUCGCCGAUACCUCCGUAAAUGAGGACCUAUUCUCGGGGGUCCUGAAACGUCAUCCCAAGCAUAAACGCGUUCAGUUUAGAAGAUCCGUCUCCGAACAUAGUAAUCGUCGUAUUUCUACAUCCUUGUCCUUUUCCGGGACUAUUGAUAAAGAAGCCAUCGAGGUUCCUGACGUUCCUCCACGUCGCCGUUCGAGGGCAGAUCGUUUACUGGCCGCCAUCAUGCCGGGCGCCGGGAUACACGGCCUCACGGGCAAGCCCCUCAUCUAUUUUACGAGUAUAUUCGUCUCGUUAGGUGUCUUUCUGUUUGGAUAUGACCAAGGAGUUAUGUCGGGCAUCAUCACAGGCCCGUUCUUUAGGGAUUACUUCAAGAAUCCCUCGAAAGCAGAGAUUGGUACGAUGGUCGCUAUCCUUGAGAUUGGUGCUUUAGUAUCGUCGCUAGUAGUAGGAAGAGUCGGCGAUAUCAUCGGUCGGCGGAGAACGAUUCUGUAUGGUUCUAUGAUCUUUUUCGUCGGCGGUGCUUUGCAGACUUUCGCUGCCAACAUGCCCAUGAUGAUGUUAGGCAGAAUUAUCGCAGGUCUGGGUGUUGGUUCCUUAUCAACUAUCGUGCCUGUCUACCAAUCCGAGAUUUCACCCCCUCACAACAGGGGUAAACUGGCCUGUAUCGAGUUUUCGGGUAACAUUAUCGGUUACACGACGUCGGUCUGGGUUGACUACUUCUGCGGCUUCAUUGAGAACGAUAUGUCAUGGCGUAUUCCCCUGCUAAUGCAAUGUGUCAUGGGAGCCCUCCUAGGCUUCGGUAGUUUGAUUAUUGUCGAAUCCCCAAGAUGGUUAUUAGAUAAUGACCACGAUGAGGAAGGUAUUGUGGUUAUCGCAAAUCUGUACGGUGGCGGUGACAUUCACAACCACAAGGCAAGAGAGGAAUAUCGGGAAAUCAAGAUGAACGUCCUACUCCAGCGCAUGGAAGGCGAGCGAUCUUACUCGGAGAUGUUCCGACGUUACAAGACCCGAGUCUUCAUCGCCAUGUCUGCGCAAGCUCUUGCCCAACUGAACGGCAUAAAUGUUAUCUCGUACUAUGCGCCUUAUGUCUUCGAGUCCGGUGGCUGGAUCGGUCACGAUGCAGUCAAGAUGACUGGUAUCAACGGCAUAACGUACUUCCUUUCGACAAUCCCACCGUGGUAUAUAGUCGAUCGAUGGGGACGUCGAGUUAUUCUCUUAACAGGCGCCGUUGCGAUGGCAAUAUCGUUAUCUUUGGUAUCGUACUUUAUCUAUUUGGAUGUCGAGGCGACAAAAACUUUGGUUGUCGUUUUCGUCAUGGUCUACAAUGCCGCGUUUGGUUAUUCAUGGGGACCUAUUCCUUGGCUAUAUCCGCCAGAGAUCCUACCACUCAGCAUUCGAUCGAAAGGAGCAAGUUUGUCUACCGCUGCCAACUGGGCUUUCAACUGGCUGGUUGGUGAAAUGACGCCUAUUCUUCAAGAGUGGAUUAAGUGGCGACUGUACCUGGUGCACGCCUUCUUCUGUGUGGUCAGUUUUGUAGUGGUGUAUUUCAUAUACCCCGAAACUUGCGGAGUUCGAUUAGAAGAUAUGGACUCGCUCUUUGGAGAUGCUAGCACGGCAGUAGGAACCCCUGGCGUGAGGUCUGAGACGGGUUCUCUAGUUAGGGCGGGAUCGCCCGUGCCCUCGCUCGACCUUCGGGGACGGCCGCUUGGCUCAGACGCUAACAUCCCCUCGAUGGACAUUGACCCUCCCGUCGUCAACAUCGUAGAUGGAAAGCCACAACUACGCUCUGAGAGCCAAAGUUCACGAGGGCGCGUAGGCGAGUGGCUGACUAGGAUGGUUGGGCAGAAUCGGGGAGGAAGCAGCAGUCCAGCCGGAGGAGGCAGAUAUGCUCCAUUAGACCAGCGAGAUGACUAA